AAUGAUCCUUCUCAACGUACUACUGCUGAAAAUGGACCUUGAAUUUUCCAGACUGUUUGAUUAAUGUCUCUAGCUCAUGGACCCACAACAAGAUGUUUCAGUUUUGGACGUUCCAAUGCAUCUCAUCCUGAAGCUCUUCUCUGAUGUCCUCGGUUUACCUGCCAACUACCAUGACUUCAAGAAGAACAUCUUUGAGGACGUCAGCUUUGCUGAUAAUUGCGAUGAAAGUCUUGUGCUGUCAAACCCUCACAUGUCAUCCACAAGAGUAUCAGACAGAGAAUAAAUGCUGCUCAAUGUGUUCACCUGGAAGCAGAGUAAAAACAGAUUGUACAGAAUCCAGAAGCACAUCAUGUGAGUCCUGCUCGAAUGGAACUUAUAUGGAUAAAGCUACUGGACUUAAGCAGUGUUUCUCAUGCACCAACUGUGAUGCAGGUUCUGGUCUGAAGGUAAAGAGGUCAUGUACAACAACAUCAGAUACAGUUUGUGAACCACUUGAAGGAUUCUUCUGUAUUGACUUAAUAAAAGACCAGUGUGCAGCAGCACAGAAACACAAGGACUGUGAUCCAGGACAAUACAUCAAGGAAAAAGGUACAUCCUCCUCAGACACUGUGUGCUCUGACUGCAGUGAUGGAACAUUUUCAGAUGGAACAUUAACAUCUUGUCACCAACACACACAAUGUGAAUCAAUGAACCUUCGGCUGAUAACAGCAGGAACUACGUCAACAGAUUCUGUUUGUGGGGUAAAAAUGUCAAAUGUUGGAGUUAUUGUGGGCGUCUUCAUUGGUGUGGUGGUGAUUUUAGUCAUUCCAGUAGUAGUAGCAGCAAUAUUGUACUACUUCAAAAGAAAGAACAAAUGUCCAGGUAGGUUGCAUUUAUAGCAGGAAAAUAUUCUUCUUGUUCAUGUUUUGUCACAUCUUUGAUGAUGAUAAUGUUUUCUGUUGAGUCAUGACAGUGAUGGUAAUUAUGUUUUUCUCUGGUUUUGUUCAAUUAUAGACAAAGACAGAAAUGCAGACAACU